GUCCCCGCUACAGUAGUGGCGACCCCUUUUCGUGCCCUCCGGGGUGAUGCACGCUGGGUGACGUUUUCUCGGCGAUGCCCCGCCUCGCGGCCGAAUUGCUGGGGGUGCGCUCUCGGCCGGAAGCGGCCACCGACAAAUCAGUUGGGCGGGGUGGGGGCGGCCAAGCGCGCAUGCCCCAACGGGGCGGGCCCGCGGCGGGGCGGGGCCUUGGGGCCGUCCAGUCCGCGAGCAGCGCGGGGGCGGGGCGGAGCCGGGGCGCGCGGGAAGCGCCGGCAGGGCUGCGGGGACUCCUCCGCGCUGCGCCAUGGCGGUGUCCGUUCCCGGCUACUCGCCCAGCUUCAAGAGGCCGCCGGAGAUUGUGCGGCUCCGCCGGAAAAGGUCUCGGAACCACGGUGCCGCCGUGCCUUCCGCACUGCCGGAGCCCACGCCCCGCCGCGCGGCGCUUGCGGCCGGGCUGCCCCUGCGCUCCUUCCCGAGCUCGGGCGGCAGAGGCGGCGCCGCGACCGUCGCCCGCAGGAACCCUUUCGCCCGCCUGGACAACCGGCCGCGGGUCGCCGACGAGGCUCGUGAGCAGCCGUCUCGGGGUCCGCAGGGAGCUCCGGGCUCGCUUUUAGAUUCUAAUGGGGAAAAUAAUUUGCCAUGGGAGGAAGCGUCUCGUGAAAGAACUGUCAUCGAACUGUCGCAGAGUCAACAUGUACCAUUCUCUGAAUCAGAUACGACUUCUUCAGAAGGUGCUGAGUUACCUGCGGACUGGAGUAUUAAAACCCGACUCCUUUUCACCUCCUCUCAACCCUUUUCCUGGGCAGAUCAUUUGAAAGCACAGGAAGAAGCCCAAGGUCUUGUCCAGCAUUGUAGGGCCACAGAAGUCACUUUACCCCAGAGUGUAGAGGAUCCCAAGCUCUCCACUGAGCUCCGUUGUGCCUUCCAGCAAACCCUUGUCUACUGGCUUCACCCUGCCUUUUCAUGGCUGCCACUUUUCCCUCGAAUUGGAGCUGAUAAGAAGAUGGCUGGAAAGCCCAGUCCAUGGUCAAAUGAUGAAACUCUGCAACAAACUCUACUGAGUGACUGGUCUGUGAGUUUUACUUCUUUGUAUAAUCUGCUGAAGACAAAGCUUUGCCCCUUUUUCUACGUCUGUACCUAUCAGUUUACUGUCCUGUUCCGGGCAGCAGGAUUAGCAGGAAGUGAUGUGGUCACAGCACUUGUAUCUCCUACAACUAGAGGUUUAAGAGAAGCUAUGAAAAAUGAAGGUGUUGAAUUCUCUCUGCCUUUGCUAGAAGAAAGUGGUCGCAAGAAGAAAGGACGAGAAGCAAACCUGGAGUCUGAGGAGGAGCCAGCGGCCAGCGAUGAAGAUGAAGAGGAGAGCUUUUCUUGGCUGGAAGAAAUAGGUGUGCAAGAUCAAAUUAAAAAGCCAGACAUGAUCUCCGUCAAGCUACUUAGAGAAAAAACUGAAGUACAAAUGGAUCACAGACCUGAAUCUGUUGUACUAGUGAAAGGACUCAACACUUUCACGUUGCUCAAUUUUUUGAUCAACUGCAAGAGCUUAGUUGCUACCUCCGGUGCACAGGCAGGCCUUCCUCCAACCCUUUUAUCCCCGGUAGCCUUCCGAGGUGCCUCGAUGCAAAUGCUUAAGGCACGAAGCAUUAAUGUAAAGACACAAGAUCUUUCUGGGUACAGAGACAAGUUUAGUUUGGAGAUCACAGGUCCUGUCAUGCCUCAUGCUCUGCAAUCUGUGAUCAUGCUACUCAGAUCUUCACAGAGAGGGUCAUUCUCUGCUGGGAUGUAUGCGCAUGAGCCAACUGCUGCAUUCAAUGUCUGCCUGCCACUGGAGAAGGAACCGCACAGAAAAGAUGCUCCUAAGGACCUUGCUAACUGUGGGCUGCACCCCAAAACCCUGCAGCAGCUCAGUCAAAUACCACUACUGGGGAAGUCAUCCUUAAGGAAUGUGGAAAUGAAUGACUACAUUUUUAAUUGGAGAUCCUGAACACCAAAGCUUGGGCACCAGUAUUAGCCAGCUGUUCCUGUGUUAGAACUUGCACUCCUGUACUUCCUGUGAACUGCCCAGGGAUAGAGUUCAACUGAGCCCAGGCAUCAAUCUGAAGAAAAAGAAGCCACCAUCUUCAAUAAGUGAAAGUACUGAUCUGAUGAAAGCGCCACACUGGUAGUUUAAUUCACUGGGGAAAAAUAGUUUGGUUCCUGAAGUAGCCAAAUAAUGAUAUAUUUAAAGUUCAAGUAAGUUUUACAGCAUUCAGUGAAAUCUAUUAACGCAAAAGAAGGUAUGAGGGUUCGAGAUGAAAAAUGUAGUUCUUAUGGCCAAAGAUCUUUGCCUUUGUCAUUUGACGUAUCAUACAAAUGAAUCUAAAUAAUUGCCAUGAUCAUCUAAAUCUUUUGCGAAUCCUGCGAGAUAUUAACUGUUAUCUACCAAUAGCAUAGUACAGAAAAUGGUCAAAAGCAGAAAAAGUAGACCACAUCGCUCACCAACACCUACUGUGCUACAGAAUCAGGCAUCUUUCAUGUUGCAUUUAAUGCAUACCUGUAUUACCAGCAAUGUUACUUCCUACUUAAACUGUUCCUAUAUAGAUUUAGCAUAAAAUGGAAAGCUAUUUCCUUCCUGUUCAAAGUAGACUCUGAUUCAUUAUUAUUUGUUAAUGAACCCCACUUCUACUUAUGAGUUGUGGGUAUCAGCUGACUACUGCUUAGCUCGGUUUGCUUAGCUGAAACAAGGAGAGUAAUAGUAAUACCUUAUGUACAGAUCAGACUGUAAUCUCUUGAGGGAUUUAUUUUCUAUUUUGUUCUCAAAUAGUUCUUGCCAUAGUAUGCAAUAAACAUUUUCU